UUUCAAGUUAUUAUUAACAUAAUUGAUCAAAAACUAAUAAUUCUGUAAAAUAUAUCUAUAUAUAUAGCUUUGUCCACUUCAUUCCAUUGAAUAACAAACAACCAUGGAUUCACCUUCUUCUUUGCACAUAGCAAUGUUUCCUUGGUUUGCUAUGGGACACUUUACUCCAUAUCUUCACCUCUCUAACAAACUAGCCAAAAGAGGACACAAAAUCUCUUUCUUCAUUCCCAAAAAUACACAAACCAAAUUACAACAUCUCAACCUUAACCCAAACCUCAUCACCUUUUUCCCUCUCAAUGUUCCUCAUGUUGAUGGACUUCCUCAUAAUGCUGAAACAUCUUCAGAUGUACCCUUUUCUUUAGUCCCUCUUAUUGCUACAGCCAUGGACCAAACUCAGAAUCAAAUUGAACUUCUUCUAAAAGAACUAAAACCACAAAUAGUUUUCUUUGAUUUCCAAUAUUGGCUACCAAACUUGACUCAAAAACUAGGUAUGAAAAGUCUUCAAUACUGGAUAGCUAGUCCUUUUUCUAUAUCUUACUUCUGGAAUGGACCUAGAGAAAGCCAAGGAAAAGGAUUAACAGUAGAUGAUCUCAGAAAACCACCUUCAAACUACCCUGAUUCAUAUAUCAAGCUUCAUCAACAUGAACUUGAGUUUCUAUCUUCAUCAAGGAAACUAGUAUUUGGAAGUGGUGUAUUAUUAUACGACCGUUUGCACAUAGGUACAAGUUCAGCAGAUGCAAUCGGUUUCAAAGGUUGCAAAGAAAUUGAUGGACCAUAUGCUGAAUUCCUUGGAAAUUUUUAUGAUAAACCAUCUCUUCUCUCAGGUCCUCUAUUACCAGAAUCACCAACAACUUUUUUAGAUGAAAAAUGGGUUUCAUGGCUUAAAGGAUUCAAUCAUAGUUCUGUUGUUUUUUGUACAUAUGGAAGUGAAGGUCCAUUAGAACCAAAUCAGUUUCAAGAGCUGUUGCUAGGUCUUGAGUUAACCGGUUUUCCGUUUCUUGCAGCACUUAAGCCACCUAAUGGAUUUGAGUCAAUUGAAGAAGCUUUACCUGAAGGGUUCAAUGAAAGAGUUAAAGGAAAAGGGAUUGUUAAUGGAAGUUGGAUUCAACAGCAAUUGAUUUUGGAACACCCUUCUGUUGGAUGUUUCAUAACACACUGUGGAGCUGCUUCUAUAACUGAGGGACUAGUUAACACGUGUCAGUUGGUUUUGUUGCCACGUGUAGGUGUUGAUCAUAUAAUGAAUGCAAGAAUGGUGAGUGAGAAAUUGAGAGUUGGUGUGGAAGUUGAGAAAGGUGAUGAAGAUGGAUUGUUUACAAGAGAAAGUGUUUGUAAUGCUGUGAAGAUUGUGAUGGAUGAAGGGAAUGAGAUUGGAAGAGAAGUGAGAAAAAAUAAGAAUGAAUUAAGGAAGUUUUUGUUGAGUGAGAAUCUAGAAUCUUCAUGUGUUGAUAGUUUCUGUGAAAAGCUUCAAGGUUUGGGAAGCUCUAAAAAAGAAGUAUGACACCGAAGAAGUUGGAGCAAAGAAAUAUGAUGUUAAUCUCUACCUCAAGUAUCAGAUGAUAGAUGAAAGGUCCGUCAAAGCUCAAAGUCACGAACUUCAAAAGAUGACGCACGAGAUCAUCACUGAAGGUACGCCUUUAGAUGAACAAUUUUAGAUUGCUGCUAUUAUUGACAAAUCAUCCAUUGGUUGGAAAGAUUCUAAAUAUAUGUUUCAUCACAACAACAACAACAAUUUGAAUUGAGAGUCUGAUUAUGACCCUUUGGAUUGAAGAAGAAUAUUGGAGACAAGAAAGAUGAAAUCUUGGUUUUAACAGCAAAAAUUCGAUGCGGAUUUGAAGUCAUUUGACAAACCACUAUAGAAACAAAAUCAUAAUGUUGUGAGCCGAAUUAAAAAUGGGAACCCUUAUAAGGCCCUAAUUGCUCAAAUUGAUAGGUAUCAUCCACCUCCUCAAAGAAAUGAAGCUCCUGUUUUUCACUUGCUUUAAUUGUGAAAAAUCCGGUCAUAUUGCUAAGACAUGUAAGAGCGGGCCUAAGCCUGAUGUUGGCUCCAGUGCACAUGCUAACCUAACUGUUGGGUAAUUUAUUGCUAUGAUCACUAAAAUUAACAUGGUUGGAGGAUCUGAUGGUUGAUGGAUAAAAAAUGACACCUCUUGUUAUGUUUGUUAUGUUCAAAACAUACAUAAAUGUUGACGAUAAGAAAGUGUUGUGAUAGAUGAUCACACUACUAAUAUUGUUGGAAUUAUAGACGUGGAGCUGAAUUUCACCUUCGGGAAGACUUUAAUAUAAAAGGAUGUCAUGCAUGUUUCUGUGAAUAGAAAGAACCGUGUUUCUAGGCUUUUUCUGUAUAAGGCAAGUUUAGUCACUCUAUAGGAGCAGAUGUGUACACUAUCUCUAA